AUGGAUAGAGAAAACAGCAGCAUCGCGCCAUUGCGGUCGUUGACUCUGGAGCUCCCUCCAAGCUGCAUCGAAUUCUGCCCAGCUCAUCCAGAGUAUUUCGUUGUCGGCACGUACAACCUACAAAAGGAGGAACCAACCGAGACAAACAUAUCUGAAUCCUCGGGAGACGACGAUGGCGAGCAGCAGACAUCGAACAAGCCCCAAAGCCGCAAUGGAAGCCUGGUGGUAUAUCGACUGACUGAGAAGUCUGACAUAAGCCAUGUACAGACCGUCUCUUGCCCAUCUGCCCUCCUUGAUCUUCAUUUCCACCCUGCGCCAGACAAGCAUGAGGUCGCCGCUGUUGUCUCUAGCACUGGCACUCUUUCAUUUUAUCGACUCUCUCCUAUGGAACCAUCUUCCGACUCUCUUAAGGAACUGGCCACCCACAAGCCGUUAGGGGACGACAAUAGUGUUCUCUUCUUAUCAUGCGCAUGGCACCCGACCCUGCACGAUCUUCUUGCAAUCACCACAUCAGAUCAUCGUGUCCAUAUCUUGCGAGUUGAUGACUCGUGGUGUGCCCAUGAUACAACUUCUGGCCCGAUCAUCACCCACACACUUGAGGCCUGGACUGUGGCAUUUUCGCCAUACUUGGGUGAUCCUUCACUGGUUGAGAGCGAUGCGGAUUCGGAAGGCCUCCAGGUACUCACGGUAUUUUCUGGGGGCGACGACUCAAACCUCCUCAGCACCAGCUGUCUGUACCGUCCCCUUCGGACAAGUGGCGACGACGAAGUGAUUGAGGCAACCUGUCCUACAGCUGCAACCAGGGGGCACGAGGCAGGCGUCACCGCUAUACUACCGCUGGCCCUGAAGCUGGCCGACGGCUCCAGAGUGGUAGUUACCGGCAGCUAUGAUGACUGUCUGAGGGUAUACUCGAUCUACCCCCAGGAUGGAGGGAUGAUGCUCAAACAGCCCAAAAUGCUGGCGGGGGAAAACCUAGGUGGCGGGGUGUGGAGGUUGAAGCUGAUCAGGUUGGAGGAUGCGGGCAAGAGCACAUCCUCAAAAGCAAGGCAAUGGACGGCCUUGGUUCUUGCAUCGUGCAUGCAUGCGGGAUCUCGGGUGUUGGAGGUUACUGGUGACUACGGCGAGGAUUGUCAGGUCAGGGUCCUAGCUCACUUCGAGGAGCAUAAGAGCAUGAACUAUGGCAGCGACUUUCAGCCAGGAUCUGAGCUGAGCAGUCUCCCUCUGCGUUGUGUCUCGACCAGCUUCUACGAUAGGUUGCUCUGUCUUUGGGAGUCAUAA